AUGGGGCUCAGCGCACGGGCAUGGAUCCCGUUGCUGCAUGCGCGGGCCUUUUCGGUAUCGCAUUGUAGAAGUGCAGAGGUGGCCAUAGACUGGAGCGACGAUCGUGCGAGGCGCGCAUGGAUCGCUUCGUUUCGGGAGCAGCCACUCGAUCCUUCCCACGUCCACAUUCAUUUUGCACGAAGCUCCGGCCCCGGUGGCCAAAAUGUCAACAAGCUCAAUACCAAGGUCUAUGCGCGCUUGGAGCUUGGUCCCCGCGCGCCCCGCGUCAUGCCACCUGCUCUGGUUCGUGAAUUGGCCAAGCGCUCGCCUAUGUACAUACAAUCUACACAUUCACUCCAAGUAUCGAGUGAGCGGCAUCGUACACAGUCGCAGAACAUCCAGGAUGCUCUGGGCAAGAUACACGCGGAAAUUGUACGUCUCGCAUCAGAAGGACUGCGCGGGGAGACUUCGCCUGAGCAGCGCCGACGAGUGGAAGCACUAGCCAAGCGUGAGCGCGAUCGCAUGCGCAAAGCGAAGCAGAUGCGCAGUUUCACCAAGAGCGGACGGCGUGCUAAGGAGUAG